AUGAAGAGGUCAGAGAAGAGUUGGAAUGCAAAGACUCGACAAAAUGUACAUUUGGAUCCAGUCGACAAAGAGGAGAACGACAACAAGGAAUAUAGAACCAUCAGAUUACCAAAUGGUUUAGAAGUUUUGCUAAUUUCCGAUGAACAUUUAAUAACAUCCUUUUCUCAAGAAAAGAAGGCAGCGUGUAGUUUAUGCAUGAAUGUAGGAAAUUUCAGUGAUCCAGCAGAAUUUCCGGGCAUAUCAUACUUCUUAAGCUAUAUGCUUUUUCAAGAUCCCGAAAAAUGUUCAGAGCAAUGUACUUUGGAAGAUUUUAUUCAUUACCAUAAUGGCAUUAAUGAUGUCUCAGUAAACAAUGAGCAUACAAUAUUUUACUUUGAUAUCGAAGAAAACAGUUUGUUUUUAACUCUCCGCAGUUUUGGUCUUUUUUUUAUUAAUCCUAUAGUAUCGAAACAUAUAUUUAUGAAAAACCUAUUUGACAUACAAAACGAGUUUCAGAAAAGCUUAUAUAAAAGCAAGAACAAAUACGAUCAACUAUUUUCCUCCUUCGCAAAAACUGGUCAUCCAGUCAACAAGUUUUCUGUGGACCAUUUAAUAAAAUUGCACGAUAAUAUAGAUCACGACAAAUUGUACAAUGUGCUGGUCAAAUUUAAAAAGCGCUAUUACAGCGCUCACAGAAUGAAGCUAGCAAUACAGUCGGGACUACCGUUGGAUACAAUGGAAAAAUUUGUCACAGCGUGCUUUGCUGGUGUGUCAAAUAACAGCAUACCUCCAGAUAAUUUUUCCAAAUUUAAAAACGAUUUCCCUUUUGAUACUCCUGCUUUCCGAAAAAUGUAUAAAGUUAGUGAUUCGGAAUAUUUGACACGACUAAAAAUAACGUGGGCCUUGCCUUCGUUAUCUGAUUUUUAUAAAUGUAAUUCAUAUCUAUAUAUACCGUGGAUUCUUGAAUAUAAAGGAAAAGGUUCCUUAAUUAAUUAUCUAUCCCAAAAGAUAUGGAGUCCUACAUCAGACGAGAAAAUGAAUUAUUGUGAGAUUCAACAAAACUCUUUGUACAGCUUAAUACAGCUCACCAUAGUACUCAAUUCUAAAGGACAAAAACAUCUGGAAGAUGUUCUAGAUGCGAUAUUUUCUUUUAUCAAUUUACUAAAGAGAGCGGGUCCACAGGAAGCAAUUUACAAUGACAUGUAUGAGAGUAAAAAAAUUAUUUAUAGAUUUACUAAUUACAACAACAAACCAAUCUCUUUUGUAAAAUACUUGAGUAAGAAUAUGCAUUUCUUUCCAUCGAAGGCUUAUAUAAUUGGAAACUCGCAUAAUUCCAAUUAUAAUGCAAAAGUUAUACAAAAAUGUUUGAAUUAUUUGGUACCUGAAAUGGCGAAUAUUAUGAUUUUCUCAAAGAAUUUUAAUGAUUUCGAAUUAAAGAAGGUUGAUCCAUGGUGGCACACGGCAUAUACGGAUAUUGAGAUACCGAAAAAAUGGAUCGAACGUUGGAAAGUCAUUGAGCCACUACCAGAAUUUUCUUUACCAUCACCGAAUAUAUUUCUUACCAAGAACCUUUGUCUAAUACAGGUACCAAAUGAACAAAUUCAGAAACAUCCUAUAAAAUUAUACUGUAAUCCUAUGUCGGAGAUUUGGUAUCACUCGAAUCCUAAGUUUUGUUUGAAAUGUUGUAUACAUUUCUAUUUUAUUUCACCUCUGAAAUUUGAAUCGUUGAAGAAUGAAAUUCUCAUGCGUAUGUACUGCAAACUAUGGCGACAGCUAUUAGUCGAUCAAUUAUAUCCAUCUUUACUGGCUGGGUUUACACAUACUGUCAACAUCCUUCACAAUGGUUUUACAUUAAAAAUAAGCGGUUUUAAUGAAACUCUGCCAAAUAUCACUUUGAAAGACUUUCAAGACUUUGUAAAAUCCUUUACCGAACGUCUAUACAUUCAAUGUCUCGUGCAAGGAAACAUAACGUCGACUGUUGCGAUCAAGAUCGUACAGAAAUUUAUUAAAACAAUUAAUUGUAGCUCUUUACAUUCAAAUACAAUACAACAGUUUAGAUGCACUCAGAUACCUUUGGGCAUAAGCUAUUACAAAAUUAAAAAUAUCGUCAAACAUGAUACAAUUUCCAUAAUAUCAAAUUAUUAUCAAGCCGGCAUCACCACGAUUGAAUUAUCGACAUUAAUUCGUCUGAUAAGCUAUAUAAUGAACAAUAAGUUACACGAGGAUCUACUUCAUAAGUUUAUAUAUACCAAGAUCAAGUUUAGUAACGUUAACGGAAUUUUAGGAUAUGUUAUUACUAUUUGCGCCCAAGCAUAUCAAGGCACAACUGAAUACUUUGAUAAGAAAAUCGAUGAAUUUUUGAGAUGGUUUAAAAACAUUAUGGAAGAGCUCACAGAAGAGGAAUUAGAUGUUUACAAAGAAAUGUUCCUAAAAUCUAGAUUAUAUGACAAUGCCAAUCUUGAAGAAGAAGCUGAAAGAAACUGGAAAGAGAUCAUAACGUGUACUUAUAUGUUUGAUUUACACGAACAGGAAAUACUUGCUCUAAAGAAAAUAAAUGUUAAUAAGCUGAGAGAAUGGCUUGCAGAUCACACAUUGAAUGGAAGUAAUUUCAGAAAAUUGAGUUUACAUAUUGUGGGAGUUAUUCCCAAAAAAAUGAAAUACGUUCAUUUAGAAUACGUGAAUGACGAUCAGCAGUACAAGUCAAAUAAAUAUCAUUAUAUUACUAAAGUAGAAGAUUAUAAGAAAAAACUUUUCAUAUUUUCAAUUAAGCAUCCAACAAAUCCUCUUAGAGCACAGAAUAAAUGA